AUGGAUCAGGUGGUACAACUGGUAGUUAAGCCUUUGCGGUCCAACCUGGUGAACCUGCCAAUUGAUGUGGCUGACGUUUUGUUAUCGGGAGGAAUCACCAUCCAGGACGUGGUGGUGGAGCUCCAAGAGGCCAAAGCCCCCAGCUUCUACGUGGGCUGGACUGGUGGUGGUUGCAAAAAUGGCACCAUUGAAAUGGACAGAGACUAUGCUGAAUCUCUGGGACUUAAACCGCACACUGUGUUGUUGUUGAAAUGUCCGGUAACGUUGGAGUUUGCUACUACCGUGGAACUGGAACCGGCUUCUGCAGAUGACUGGGAAUGGACUGAGACGUAUGCCCAGAACAUUGAAAAUACGUUUUUAAACACCACCCGAUGUGUUACGGACGGCUUGAAUAUCAUUGCAUUUCCAAAUCCUUUGGCAACUGCCAAACUGAAGGUGAUAAGCAUCACCUCGAAAGGUGGAAAGGUCCGUGCUGCCAAGCUGGUUCAGGAUACGGAGUUGCAUAUUGCCCCAAGAGCGCGCAGAAGACAGAGUGCAAAUAGCUCUAAUGGAUCAGGAAGUCAGCCAAAAACUCGCCAGAGGUCUAUCAGUUCUUCUGCCCGGAGAUCCCUUCCGCAAAGCGGGGCUUCGUAUGGUCUGGCCAGGUCAAUACCGUUGCCUCACCCCAAAUACAAGGCCCUUUCAAGCGGAACACUCUACGAGAUAUACGUGAACCGAUUGUCAUUCCCGAAUCUAGGAACGCCCGCUUAUGUCCAGGUAUCCGUUGUUGCUGGUCCUGGAAUGAGUCCUCAGACCGGACUGUUGAACAAAGAGUUGAAGGAACUCAUUGCCGGCUCUGGCUCAAAAAAUCUAAAACAAAACGGCACAGACGCUUCAGAAACAGCCAAAUCGACCGGAACAACAUUGGAAACUGGAAAAAUCAUUGCUCAAUUGACUCCCAGCGAUCUUAUCUCGAAAAACGACGUUGCCGUAUCUCGCAUGAUGGCCAUUGCUCUUGGUAUCGACAACACAAUAGGCGAUUUACUACUGUUAGAGCCCUCCAGAAUACUCUCGGGUAAAACUCCUUCGACUCUGGUUAUCCACAAAUACAUCACAUCUACUCCAGAAAACGGUGCGAUCUCUCUGAAGGCAAACCAUUCUGCUUUGCGUGUCAAACUCUCGGAGCUCUUGGACUCUAUGGGUUUGUUCAGCAGAGCUGUUCUCACCAAUGGAAUGAAACUCCCUUCUUUGGAUGAACAUAUUCUUCCUCAUGGCGGAAUUUUGGAGUUCAAAAAUUCCAAAGCAGCAUGGCUAGCUCCAAUGGCUCCUGAAAUUUCAAGGACGUUCAAGAUUGAGAUCGGAGAAGACCUUUUGCGACCCGAGUCGUUUAUUCCAGGAAAACCAGACAAGAAACUUGAAAAUGAUGAGGUUGUUGCGGUGGGCCAAUCAGAGCUCAUAUCGAAAGUUAUCAGAACACUUAAAAGGUCCAGCUCUGGUGUGCUUCUACAUGGUGCUUCUGGAAGUGGUAAAACGUUGUUGAGCCAUGAGAUUGCAAAGCAGCUGUAUGCCACAGGAUACUACAUCUCCUUCAUUUCAUGCGAGAGUCUGCCUGCUGAUUUUGCAGCCAUCAAAACUAUGCUUGAGAAGACGGUCAACGAGGCAACCUGGAGAUCGCCCACGUUGUUGGUCUUGGAAAACCUGGACUCGAUGUUUCCUGCACAAACUGAACAUUCCGACACGGGUGUCUCCACAGUCAUAUCUGGAAGGUUGGCGAGUAUGGUUUCGAGUGCUGUCAGCAGCAAGAAACUGUCGAUAUUGGCCACUUCUAGAUCAAAACAGAGUGUUAACGACAUGCUCUUUUCCACCCGAAUCCUUGAGGAAGAUUUCAUCCUGAAGGCUCCUGAAAAGAACUCCAGAAGACAGCUUCUAGAGAGCUACUUGAUGUCUCUUGAUGUCUCCAUCUCCUCAAAAUCGGAUUUGCUCAAGGACAUCGCUAUUGAAACAGAGGGUUACUUGGCCGCUGAUUUGAGGAUUCUCGCUGAAAGAGCACAUCACAACUUAUUGAAUGAUAUUUAUGAGCAGGACUCUGAUGUCUAUGAUUUGGAAAUUACAAAUGCUCAUUUUCAAAAGGCCUUGCAAGGUUACGUUCCGUCUUCUCUAAGAGGGGCUAAGCUUCAGAAGCCUGAGGUGGAUUGGCUGGAUGUUGGAGGAUUACGUGAAGCCAAGUCCAUUCUCUUGGAGACCCUGGAAUGGCCAACACGGUACGCUCCGAUCUUUGCCAAUUGUCCACUGAGAUUGAGGUCUGGUAUUCUGCUAUAUGGCUAUCCUGGUUGUGGUAAAACGCUUCUGGCCUCAGCAAUCGCCAGUCAGUGUGGUUUGAAUUUCAUCUCCAUUAAAGGACCAGAGAUCCUCAACAAAUACAUCGGUGCUUCCGAGCAGUCGGUGAGAGAGUUGUUUGAGCGUGCACAGGCUGCGAAACCGUGUAUUCUGUUCUUUGAUGAGUUUGAUUCCAUUGCGCCAAAAAGAGGCCAUGACUCGACUGGUGUUACUGACCGUGUGGUCAACCAGAUGCUGACCCAAAUUGAUGGAGCGGAAGGUCUUGAUGGUGUGUAUGUACUGGCCGCGACUUCUCGUCCAGACCUCAUCGAUAGUGCUCUUUUGAGACCUGGUCGUUUGGACAAGAGUGUGAUCUGUGAUAUGCCAGAUGCCGCAGAUAGGCUGGAUAUUCUCAAGAGUGUCACCAGAAACAUGACCCUCUCUGCUGAUGUCAAUCUUGCUGAUGUGAGUAAGAGAUGCCCAGGUUUCUCGGGUGCUGAUUUGCAAGCGUUAUCCUACAAUGCCUAUCUGAGAGCUGUUCAUACCAGGUUGGCCCGUUCCGAAUUUGUCGGUGAUACCAGCAACGAGGCCAAUGGAAGCAAAAAGGAUAUCGAGUUCUUCUCCUUCAGGGAAGACGCAAAAUCGAACAGUAUAUCACUUAAGCCUAAAGAACGGGCUGAGAUCUAUAAGAGAUUACAAAGCCUCACGGAAAACAGUGUGGGUGAGGAGAAGAAAGAGGAUUCAAACGGAGAUCUUCCAUCUAAAGCCAUGAACACCAUUCAUGUCACGAAUGCGGACUUUGAAUUUUCCUUGAAAGAGACCAAACCAAGUAUUUCUGUUAGUGAGCAAAGAAAGCUCCAAGCCAUCUACUCCCAGUUCAUUAACGGUCGUGAUGGCAAUAUGAAAGACGGAUCCGCAAGCAAUAAGGUUGGCGCAAGGUCUACGUUGAUGUGA